ACCACACCAGCGUUUCAAAACAUAAGAAAAACCACAUCCAUCUCUCUCUCUAUAUAUCUUCCGCCAUUGACAAAGGAGGAAGAGAGACUUCAAAUACUCUCUCUCUCUCUUUUUCUCUCGCUCAGCAUCUUCUUUCAAUUUCUCCGUCUGCAAACCCUAGCACGCCACCGGAAGUCUCACCCUUCCCUUGCGGCGCCGUCGCUGCAGAAACAGAUAUGGAGGAUGAUAAGGAAAUGCAAUUGCAAGAUGUGCCUUGUGAGGCUACUGAUGAUGUCCUCAAGGGUGAGCCAGACAAGGAUCAGAACCAAAGCGAGCUCCUUCCUCUCGAGAAUAACGAAGAUGGUGAUGGCCAGGCUAACGGUCAUGGGAAGAAGGCUGGUGAUGCUAUCUACUCUCGGAAGAAGUCUCAGGUGAGGUUUUUGAGUCCCAAGCCUAGCGAUGAUGGUGAAAAUCCCAAAAAGCGCAAGACUUGGUUGCUCACUCACUCUGAUGAGGCACAGGGAGAUGAUGAUGAUGACGCAGGGACGCCAGAAGAACAGCAGGCGUUUCUAAGAGAACUGGAUACCUUUCACAGAGAGAAUCUCCUUGACUACAAGCCUCUUAAGUUUUAUCAGAAGCCUUUGAACACUCUCAAGCUAUGGCGAGCAGUCAUCAAACUAGGUGGCCAUGAAGUGGUCACCACAUCAAAGCUCUGGCGGCAAGUUGGAGAAUCCUUCAACCCUCCAAAGACAUGCACAACAAUCUCCUACACAUUCCGCAAUUUCUAUGAGAAGGCACUUUUGGAGUACGAAAAGCAUUUAAGGAAAAAUGGUGACCUUAACCUUCCUGGUCCAACACUCAAUCUGUCUCCAAGCCUCGACAAAGAGGUCAUGGGCCAUCAAGGUUCGGGAUCAGGCAGGGCACGGAGAGAUUCUGCAGCUCGUGCUAUGCAAGGUUGGCAGGCACAUCGCCUUGAUGAUUCUGGAGAGGAUAUGGGUUUAAACUCAACCCCAAAACACAAGAAACUCAAGAACAUUGGUCUGCCGAAACCCAGAACACCAAAUUCCAUGGACCUUGUUGUUUCACAAGAAGCAGAAAAACAGUCGGUUGCUGACGUUAUUGAUGAUGGACCUCUUGCUGACUGGGUGAAGAUAACUGUCAAAGAAACUAGAGAAUCCUUUGAGGUUUUUGCAUUGGUACCUGGACUUCUUCGCAAUGAGAUUCGAAUUCAAUCAGAUCCUGCAGGAAGGCUGAUUAUAAUAGGCGAACCUGAGCAGCUUGACAAUCCUUGGGGCAUUACACCAUUCAAAAAGAUUGUUGUCUUACCAGCAAGAAUCGAUCCGCAUCAUACAAAUGCCAUCAUGAGCAUGCAUGGUCGGUUGUUCAUACGAGCUCAAUAUGAGAAGUGACUGAUCUUAAGAGUUGUUGAGCUCGCUGUUUGUUCUUAGUUUCUCUUAGGAAUUCAUUGGUACUGGAACAAAAUGGCUUAGGGUCGCUGAAGCAGUUUAUAACUGUAAUUUUUAGUUUGAAGACUCGAGUUAUAAGAGAAGACAAUAAAAUAUUGUAUCUUUGUUGUAAGAUAUAUAUAUUUUGUAGAAUUUGUGAUAAUUCUGAGAAGCUACUCCAGUUCUUAGUUUUAAUGAAGCAUUUUAAGAUGCAAGCAACAA